AUGUUGAAUGAUGACUCUACCCAUCAUUGGAGACACCUUGCGAGGGCACUCAAUAUUCCACCUGAAAAAUGCAAGAUCUUUGAACCAGCAGAAGACAAUAACAGUCCGACCAAAUUGUUGUUCAAAAGCAUUGAGAAGUGCGAGCCUGAUUUGACAUUUGAAGAACUUGUACUAGCCCUUGUAGCCAUGAAAAGACAAGAUGUCUUAGAUGUCCUUCAAAAAUAUUUUUCAAGUAAGUUCAAUUUUCUAGUUUGAAAUCCUAUGCAUGAGUGCCGGGUACUUUCACAGACAGGUUAUCAGUAAGAAAACUUAGCACUCUUUUUACUUUUAUGGGGAAUUUAUUUUGUUUUACAUCACAAAUAACAAGCCUUUUUGUGGAAAACAUUUAUUUCUGGUAGUUAUCUUCAAGUUGAAAUUAUUGCUUUACCCCUCUAAGUCGAUUAAUCCUUCAUCGUCACUUUAUAAUGAAGGGUAAAUAUCAUGAAAAUGAAGGAAGUUAUCAUCAAAGAUAAUAGUCUUUAUUUAUAAAAAUUCUUGUGUUUAGAAAUGUAUGUUUCCCAACCAUUCGAUAGAUUUCACCAAUAUAUCAUGACUAGGAAAAAUUCCAGAAUCUAUCCCAGCAGUCAUGUCGAUUUGUGAUGUUGGGCAGGGGACGGGAGGGAGGGGUAGGAACUGAAGUAAGGUCAAUAGAGGACUGGUAUCUAGCUUAAACUUUUGCUGACUGAUUGCUAUCAUUCCCAUUGGUCAAAAUUUAUUUAUUGGUGACCAUCGCGCAAACGUGAAACAGGUUGCUGGACAAAAUUGAAAAAGUUCCAAAUUUCUUUGACUCCUUUCUGGCCAGAUGAUUGGGGUUGUCUUCUCGUUAGUGGGCAAAAUCGUCGUGCUCAAGCCUACAAAAUCUGGAGCAAUUGGGAAACUAUAAAAUCCCCGAUCAUCUGGGAUUUUCCUUAACGGCAUAAAGGCAUAAAGUGUUUAGGCAGCGAAGGACACUCUAUUGGUUCAAGUAACAGAUGCAUUGUUAGUUUUCGUUUUUUGAAUCCCAUUGAUCCAGUGGUCUUUUCAUUAUAUCAAGUGCACAUGUUGAGAGACUAUGUUUGUACACCAGGUGAUGACAUUGAUCAGAUUUUGGAAGAGAACAAUCUCCUUACACCAGCAGAAGAUCCGUUAGUGGACCAGAAGGAAAUCUAGCGUUGUUCUCUUGGAAAAGAGAAGUAAAGAAUGCAGCAAAGUUACCUGCUUGCAGAGGCCUCUUUUUCCUCUUUGGGACAUGAGGCGGGCCUCUGUCAGCAUGGAAGCAACAAAGGGAUUUCUUGUGUGAAGUUUGAAUGUAGAAUAUGUAAUGUUCUUAUUAUAUCAGUGGCAUCUGAAUUAUGAUGCACACAAAGGAAACUUUUCAUGUUGAAAAUGCUAAAUGAUCUCGAUACAUUAUUGUAUCUUUUGUUAAAAAAAAUUGAUGAAGCAGGAAAAUUAUAUUUUCAAUAGCCCCUCUACAUUUAGGACUAAUUUUAGGUAUUCAGUAUGACGCCAUUAAGGACCCUGAAUUUUAGACCACCUGUUUGCACCCCCUUUUUGAACGACGUUUCUUACAAUCUUGCUGUGACAACAUCAGAAUAAAGUAUUUCGUUUCGCGUAUUCGAAGGGGCAAGAGGGCAAACCGUUGUUGCUCGGAGUAUCUCUGGAAGGUCGUAAUUGUUCACCAGUAGGCUGAUUUAGAAACAGAACGGGAACGUCAGUUGACGACGGCGCGCGCAAAUCAGACAACUGCCUUGACCAAUGGCAGAGCGGCAAAUUAAGCACCGGAAGUCGUGUUUGGUCCUUUCCGCGCGCUUUCCCGUCGUCAACUGACGUUUCCGUCCUGUUGCUAAAUCAGCCUAGUAGGAUGCCUAAAAUGUUCGCAAUUCUACAAUUAGUUUCGGCUCCAUUGUUGCCGACUUGACCAUUUAAAUUUUUGUAAGGCACACAAGAUGCUUCAAAGGUUUUGCCUCUAUACUGAACACGCGCCUAGAACGGAUGAAAUCUUAGCUGAUAGUUAUUCAAUUUAGUGAAACUUUCGUUCACAGUGAACAGUACCUGUGUGUUCUUUUCAUAAAAAUAUUUCAUCAAGUGUGAUUAUAUCUAGGAAGUCUAAUUUGGUCAAAACACAGCCACGAAUCAUUAUUUAAUUAUCAAUUUAUUUAGACGUGCUAUGUAAGUUAUAGAGAUACAUGUAUUAAUUAGAAACUUAUUAAAUUAAUUUGUUGUAUUUAUUUGAAGGCUUUUUCAAAAGGUUCAGAAGUAAUUCCAAGGAUAUGUACAAAUAUUUAGUGAUCUUGUAGACAUUCAAUGGCUGUAUUUAUUGUUAUAAACAUUUUGUAUAUAGUAGUACA